AUGCCAGCUCUCGUAGACGCGUCAGGUCUUCUUCCAUUCCAGCCUUUAUAUGCCGACUUCAGGCGAUAUCGCGCGCUACAUCAUAACUGCAUACUUGCUCCAAUUGACAACCCUAAGAGGAGCACCAUAACUCGGGUGAUGCUGGGAGUACACGCAACCCCCAACGAGUCGUCAUCCAGCACACAAUUGCUAAGCACUGUUUCGACUGCAGCGAGCAGUUCUGAUGAGGCCAGCUCUUCAUCAUCCAAGCCGGGCACUCCUCCUUCACCACUCGACGCGCCUCUCAUAGGUCCCGGCGCAGAUGCAAAGCUACAACUACAGCCAAAAGGCCCAGUUGCCCCAAAUCCAGCAGUAGACGCGCGCGCUCCCUAA